AUGGCUUUAGUCUUGAGAGUGGCGAUGCAGCUCGUUGGACUUUCGUUAUCUUUGCUGGGAUGGGUUUUGUCCAUUAUUACAACUUACCUGCCACAUUGGAAAAACCUCAAUCUGGACUUAAACGAGAUGGAGAACUGGACCAUGGGACUCUGGCAGGCCUGUGUCGUCCAAGAGGAGGUGGGGAGACAAUGCAAGGACUUUGAAUCCUUCCUGGCUUUGCCUGCCGAACUCAGGAUCUCCAGGAUCUUAAUGUUCCUGUCCAACGGGCUGGGGCUCCUGGGCCUGCUGGCCUCCGGGUUUGGCCUGGACUGCUCGAGGGUCGGAGAGACGCGGCCAGGCCUCAAGAAGGGACUGCUGAUCCUGGGAGGGACUGUGUUCUGGGCAGCAGGCGUCGCGACCCUGGUUCCGGUCUCCUGGGUCGCCCACAUGACCGUCCAGGAGUUCUGGGAUGAGACCAUGCCAGAGAUUGUGCCCAGGUGGGAGUUUGGGGAAGCCCUCUUUCUGGGCUGGUCUGCUGGGUUUUCCCUCCUCCUGGGAGGCUGCCUGCUGAACUGCGUGGCCUGUACUACCCAGGCCGCUCCGGCUCUGGGCCCCUAUGCGGUGGCAGAAAUGCAAUUUCAGUGUCUGUACCUGGAAAAUGGAACUGCAGACCCCAGAGUGUAAGACUUUGGCAAGAGCAGAAAGACACAUCUUUCCACAUCAACCGCGAAGUGGGGUCUAUGCUAGAAAGGGGUCUUUGUUAUGUAAUUAAAUCUGUGCUGCUCUCGUUUUCUCAUUAAGUAACUACUUUUCGAUCCUAGGUCCUCUCUUCCUCCCCAAAUCUGGAGAAGUAAGAAAGAGGCAAGUCUUAUAUCUAAAAGGAAACUAUCAUGGGAAGCAUUACACAGGGAUGAGCAAAGAUAAUUUCAUCGACCCGGUUAUUUAAAUCAAAACAUGGCGGUGGCCGUCCAUUCUAAUCAGAAUUAAGCUUUGAUGUGUUAAAUUUUAUAUCAGGAACUUUGCUUUUGUUGAUAGCUGGGAAAAAUAAUAAUUAGUUUCUAUUUCCUAAGGAAAAAAAAACCAAUCUGCGAUCUUUUAAACAUUGUGCAUUAGCAAUAUCCCGUUAAGCCUGUCCCAAAGUAUCAUUUCCACCACAGGGACUUUGGUCUUCUUUGAACACAGGUGGUUUGCAUCUAGGAGAUGACUAGGUACCCUGCGUGACAGGGUUUUAGGGGGCUUACGGUUUUCAGUAUAUCACGAUACUCUCAAGAGUCAACAUACUGGCCAGUCUCUCCUGUCUCUCCCUUCCAAAGUUUCCAAUUAAAAAAAAAAAUAAUAAAAUAAACAACUCCAAAAAUAUUUUGCUUGCUAUCCAGAUAGUGACAGUUUGUUUGCUCAGUAACAACUUUCCUUGGUUCAGUGAAAAAUGACAGACAUGGGGAUACAUACAUUAGUAAGUGAACCAGGGGAGAUGUCCAUCCUGACCUACAAAGUCCUACAGCUUAACUUUUCCACGAUGCAGAAAGCCCACGUAGGGGAAAAAAAAAAGAAAUAAAUAACAAGUGCGUACGCACACGUGCACGGAUCUGACAAAAAGGCGUGUAGGUAAGUAGAUUGGGUAUUUGGGGUUGGGAGUUCAGUACUGCUUCCUAUGUUAUGUGGUGGGUGUAGCUUAUGGGUCUUCUGAACAGACCCGAUGCAAGGUCUAGAGAGAUUUCCGAUAAGAAAUACUUUUCUGGAACUCACUUUUAGAAAAUGGUAACAUCCGGUAUGACCACGACGUACGUAUUGCAACAGGAGAGCGGCAACAGAUGGCAAUCUGGACAGGUGCAAUUGCUAAGAAAGCGAGCGGUGGGAGCUGAGCCCAAGCUGUCAGGUACACAUUUUGCGUUGAGACUUCUUCACCCUUUGACUCGCUAGAAAGCUAGCGAUGUUAACGAGGAAAGGAGGAUCGGUCCUAUCUGAUGUUAUUGCAGAGACAAACUGCUACUACGGAGUCAGCUCCUAGGACACGGGCACGGUGCUGGCCACACCUGGGCAUUACUGGUUGGCAGACUUACUUCCUUGUAUCCUUUGCUGAAACCUAGUCAACACCUUUUCAAACAAUAGCAGCUCUGGCAAGAAUCCUCUACACACAAUGAAGAAAUAUUUCCGAGCUCUGAAGUGACAGCGCAAGGUGUCACACGUCCUCACGCAGAGAUCGAAAGGCAGGAGUUAGUUUGGCUCAAGCUCCUGGGGAUCUGCAAUGGCUUUAGUAGUUCGAAGCGUGGCGCAAUUAGCUGGAAUUUCACUCUCUCUGCUGGGAUGGGUUUUGUCCUGUCUUACAAACUACCUGCCACAAUGGAAAAACCUCAAUCUGGACUUAAACGAGAUGGAGAACUGGACCAUGGGACUCUGGCAGGUCUGUGUCGUCCAAGAGGAAGGGGGGACGCAGUGCAAGGACUUUGAAUCCUUCCUGGCUUUGCCUGCCGAACUCAGGAUCUCCAGGAUCUUAAUGUUCCUGUCCAACGGGCUGGGGCUCCUGGGCCUGCUGGCCUCCGGGUUUGGCCUGGACUGCUCGAGGGUCGGAGAGACGCGGCCAGGCCUCAAGAAGGGACUGCUGAUCCUGGGAGGGACUGUGUUCUGGGCAGCAGGCGUCGCGACCCUGGUUCCGGUCUCCUGGGUCGCCCACAUGACCGUCCAGGAGUUCUGGGAUGAGACCAUGCCAGAGAUUGUGCCCAGGUGGGAGUUUGGGGAAGCCCUCUUUCUGGGCUGGUCUGCUGGGUUUUCCCUCCUCCUGGGAGGCUGCCUGCUGAACUGCGUGGCCUGCGUUACCCAGGCAGUUCCGGCUCCGGGCCCCUAUGCGGUGGUAGAAACACAGUGUCACCGUCAGCACCUGGAGAUGAAAAAAGCCCAUCUGAAGGUCUAAGCCAGGAAGGAUCAGUGGCGUCUACUCUUCAAGUGAAGUUCACUCCUGUCUCGGUUUGGUAGGAUCUCCUGUUGCACAGCUGCCCGUUUACUGAGCUGUUUAAUUUUCCAAAAUGCACUUUUUUUUUUUUUUUUUCCCACUGUGGCUACUGGCUUCUUACAUUGCAAUUUCCUUUUAGGAGAGUAAACCACUGUCUUCUUCUAUUCUGAGACCAAAACCACUCAAGACUCGAUAGUAAUCACACUCAUUACUGUGGAUGAGUUUUCUCAAUUUUAAAAUAGAUUCAGUGAUUGCACAGAACCGGUAAAUAAAGCCUUAUAUCAGUGCCUCUGUAUCUUUGAAGGUGUCAUUCGUAGAGAUGGGUCACUUUGGCAGCUGGAAAGGUUACUGCUGAUCGCCUACUGCUUUUAAGUGUGUAAGAUCACCUAUUAUACUGAAACUAAAGUCUUGUUGCAGAUCGAUUGCAAAUGUCAUUAGAGUAUCCUAAAAACUUGCUGGUUCUUUGAAAGCUUGGGAGGUAAGCGAUGUGGGACGCGCCAUCUCCUUUUUAUUCGGAGACCUCAGCGCCUCUACGGAGCCUUUUCCAAGAGCCAGCCGGGUUCAUUCAUGCUUCCUCACCGGGGCAGAAGCAGAGGGGGGCGGUCUGGUGCAUGGGAAGAGUCACGGAAAACCUACCCCACAGGUGUGCUUUGGCUUCUGUGUCCUGUGCUCUGCAGACAACUGACGCCCCGGCCAACCCCUGGCUCGGUGAGCAGCCACAGGGGGCACUCAGGGUCAGUGCGGGUUGUACUGACCGAGAAGCUCCCGGGACCACGGCCCGGCCAGCCGACCAGAGCACAGGCUGGGAUGGGCGGGGACCCCAGAGCUCACCUUGGAAGCCCCUUCUUUUACUCCCACUAUGAAAAUAUGCCAUUUUUAUUCCUCUCAGCAAUACAUAUCUUCCAACCAAGAACUAUCCAUAGCAAACUGCGGGGUUGGGAAUUUCCUCGUGAGAGAUUUUAUACUUGCUCGGUGCGUGGCUCAAGUAAACUCUUGUUUGCAGCAAUUAGGGAAAUUAAGCAAUAAACGACACUGAAAUAAAGUAAGAGGCAAUAUGCAUCUUUGUUUAAAAAAAAAACAAAAAAAAAACCACCGAACUUUUGUCCACCCACAAACACAGGGAAAGUGCAGAAACCAAAGUUAAUCUAUGUGAUGUAUUUGCAUACUUUUACAAACGAGACAAAUUAAAACAGAAACAUAUUCAGAAUUUAACCUGAUUAAAUAUUUAGUUCAGUCCUGAGCUUUUGAUAUUUAAUACAAUAUAGAUAAAGUAAUAGCGAAAAAAAAAAGAUUUUAAAUUUGAUUUGCAUGCCACAGAGAUUCAGCUAAACUUUGUUCAUUUGGCUGCCAAUAUUUUUUUUUUUUUGUACCUGCAACUUAGAUUCUGAUAUACAAAAUUAUAAUAACAUACUGAUAAUUCAAACUUGAGACCUAAAUAUUACAUUCUUUUUACCCUGUGCAGAAUAAAUUCUACCUUUAAAAAAUAGUAUUUAUAAUAUUAAAAUUCAUAUUGUUCAUACGGUUUUGUGAUCAAGUUAUUAAAAUGUUUUGUCACUGUGAAUCAUUUGGGUUAGUACAAAUAUGACAGAAUUGUGAAAAGCUGCCUAUAAAUACAUAACACUAUUGCUGAUUUUUAAAGCGUGGGAAAGGAUUAUACUAAAAUAAGUUCGUUUCUCAUGUUAGAAAGGAGCACAUUUUGUGAAAUAAAACCUAAAGCAUCUUGGUCACAACUGUUAACUACCAGCCUGAGACAGAUUUAAUUCUUGUAUACCGGUCUGAAGCUUUUUGUAUGACAAAGAGUGAUUUGCUAAUCUGAGGAACAUUUAUAAAGGUGUAAAUAGUCCAAUAUAGCUUCUUCUGGGUCAAACAUUUAAAAUGGCCAGAACCGAACUAUAUAUUAAACAGAACAUAAAUAAGACCGUAAAUAAAUAAAUGAAGAAAAUAAAAUCGUACGGUACAACUACACAUAAUUCUAUAAACAUUUUCACGGCCACACUACGAAGCUGAAAACGGCUGACCUUCAUUUAGCUCUAUAUUAAAUAAACUUCUGUCUUUCACAUUUGACCUUGACAAGGAGGAAUGGCAUUCCUGCUCUGGUUUUCCUUAGUCAUCUGAAAGAAUGGGCCGCGCGGCCUCGAAGGACGGUGCGCAGUCGCGAGGCUGGUUUUUGUCCAGAGUGGUGUCACAUCCAGUUAUGGCUUCGGAGACAUUUUAGAUGUAAGUGGUGGGAUAACUUAGGAAGAGAUAAUUAAAGUUCUCGGCUCAGAAAUUGCUUACUUCGAAUUUUGAUUCUGAUAAAACGAACUUUCCAGAAUAUGUAGAAUUACUUUCAAGAAACUUAAGAAUUCUUGCUGAGGAUGCUAUCUUAGAAAUAGAACUUAUUAUUUUUUUAAGGGAUCCAUUUCGUUAAGAGGAUUUUUGUACUUCUCAAAAAACAAAACAAAACAAAACAAAACAAAACAAAACCACCAAAAUUUAGUUUGCUGUGUAAGAUGGCUGACCAAAAACUGCCUCUUCCAGUAGAACUGACUGAAUGAGAAGUAUGAGUUAAAUUGCACAAAUACUCUUUACUUCAAAAGCCUUUAUGCUGGCAGAGCAGAUACGUUUCUCGCAAGCAGGGCCUGGGGCGGGUGGGCUACCGUUCUACACGGACGACCUAGAGCCUUUUUCCCCUCUCGACACGAGAUCAUCUAGAAUUGUUUUCUUAACCAACCGCCUUGGCUGAUAUUUCAAGUUAAUAAUGUCCCCAGGCACACUCUUCUCUUGGCCUCCUCACCACAAAUUACAGAUAGGAUCCCCUAAACACGAGAGCUGCCAAAUAGUUUCUAGUAAAUGUUAGAAAUCGGUUUAAUAAAGUU